AUGUUAGAACUUCUUGACUCCCGAGACCUUAGGUGUUUCAUAUGUGGAGAUGCUGGACAUGUUCGCCGGGAAUGUCCAGAGGUGAAGAUGGCCCGCCAGAGGAAUAGUAGUGUGGCAGCAGCCCAGCUGGUCCGUAACCUUGUCAAUGCUCAGCAAGUGGCUGGUUCAGCCCAGCAACAGAAUGACCAGUCCAUAAGGACUAGACAGUCUUCAGAAUGUUCUGAUUCACCAUCUUAUUCUCCUCAGCCUCAGCCUUUUCCACAGAAUUCUCCCCAACCAUCUGCUCUUCCCCCACCUCCAUCCCAGCCAGGAUCCCAGCCUAAGCUUGGCCCACCGCAGCAGGGAGGCCAGCCCCCUCAUCAGGUUCAGAUGCCCUUGUACAACUUUCCUCAGUCGCCUCCAGCUCAUUAUUCACCCAUGCAUGGCAUGGGAUUAUUGCCAAUGCACCCCCUCCAGAUCCCUGCCCCAUCAUGGCCCAUCCACGGCCCAAUGCUACACUCUGCACCUGGCAGUACCCCCAGCAAUAUUGGCUUGAAUGAUCCUAGCAUCAUCUUUGCACAGCCUGCUGCCAGGCCGAUGGCAAUUCCUAGCUCUUCUCAUGAUGGACACUGGCCUCGUACCGUGGCUCCCAAUUCCCUGAUGAACAAUGGUGCAGUGGGUAAUUCGGAGCCACGCUUUCGAGGACUAAAUCCUCCAAUUCCAUGGGAACAUGCACCACGUCCCCAUUUCCCCCUUGUCCCAGCUUCGUGGCCUUAUGGUUUGCAUCAAAACUUCAUGCAUCAGGGAAAUCCAAGAUUUCAGCCCAAACCCUUCUACGCUCAAGCAGACAGAUGUGCCACGCGUCGCUGUAGAGAGCGUUGUCCCCACCCACCACGAGGAAAUGUGUCGGAGUAAUGCCAGCCCACAGCAACCAGCCAAUCCUGCUGUCUCAAGGGUAUCCGUACCUCAGUGUCAGUUACACUCAGCAGAAAAGUGACAUUUAAGGAAAGCAAAACAAAUCAGGUCCUGAUUUAAAAUUUUAACACACAUUUAGAUAGGUUAUUUAAAUUCUAAGACUGUUUUUAAACACUGUAUUAUUUGUAUAUAAAUAUGAACUAUAGUUUUUACUGGUAUCACUAAAUUGAGUGAUACAAAUUUCAUCUAUUUUAUUACCCUAUUUUUAAGGGAAUUUUAUGUUUUGUUUAACCUUGAUGAAUUGUAUAAAGAGAGAAUUUAAAAAAUUACAUUCUUUAUUUUCUAUUAGCUGUAUUCAUACUUUGGUUGCUUCAAACUUUAUAUAUAUAUAUUGUUCUUAAGGAUUAGGAAAGGAUUUCAUGUGUUUUAAAUUUGUCACUUCUAUUCUUUACAAAACCUUGUAGUGCCAAAAACUUUUUAAAAGGUUAAAAAAAAAAUAAAAUUACAACAUAAAGAUUCAAAAUUUUUUCUUUUACAUACUUGUAUAUUGAAUAUAUUCAAACUUGAAUGGAAAGUUGCUUUUGUCUGUAUUUGAAGUUCUAUUUUAAGUUAAUAAAUCUUUUUGACAAGA